AUGCAAAGCAUUGCUGAUUUCAUAAAUUCUGCUAUUAGUAACUAUCAUAUUGAUAGUUCCAUUAUUCAAAAUGUACAGGGGCGUUUGAAUGAGAAGUGGAAAGUGGAUGGCUGGAUUUCACUCAUUUUGAGUAACAGAGAAUGUAUAGUAUUGCAAUUCGAUAAUGGAGUAUUCAUGAAUCAAGGAUUUGUACUCAAUGAGCAGAAAGUGUUGAAAGUGAUUGGAAAUCAUCAAAUAGGUGAUAUUACAUAUAACGAAGAAGAAACCAUUGUGGAAAAAGGAAUCGUGGAUUUGGAUCAUGGAAGUCGAUUUGAAGGUUUGGUAUUGACAGAAAACAAAUUUGGAAUUCCAUUUGGAUAUGGUGAAAUGUAUGAUGAUGAUGGAAUAUUGGUGUACAAGGGCAUAAUAAUCAAUUGGAAACGAUUUGGAUAUGGAACAAGUUAUCAUAAUAAUGGAUGUAUUGAAUAUGAAGGAUAUUGGUGUGAUGAUAAGCGAUUUGGUAAAGGAAUUGUCUAUGAUCGAUAUGGUAAAUUAGUGAAUGAUUGUGAAUGGUAUAAUGGAAUUGAAAGUGAUAAUGAAGAAAUUUAUGAAGGCGAUGGCUCAGAACCACUGAAUAUUGGAAUGAAACAUUUGAAACUGAGUGACAAUUGUGUAUUGGAAGAUUGGGAUGUUUCAUUGUUGUAUAAUUUGGAAUCAAUCGAAAUCGGCAAUGAAAACAUUUAA